CUGCCUCUAAUUGCGCCUGUGCAAAAUGAACUCGCGCUGACGUGUAGGGGGGUGGGGGGCAUGCUCGGAUUGACUCACGUUUCUGAGCCGAAUUCUUUGGAUCGAAGGAUUUUCACUUGUCAAGAUGAGUGUGGAAGUGGAAAGAAAGUUUUUGUUCAGCGCUGACACUCUGAAAACACUGGAGGAGAUCGGGGUGUGCGUUGGUCAGCGCCAGUUUCAGGACCAGUACUUUGACACCGCAAAGUUUGACUUGACUUUGAGAGACAUGUGGCUACGUAAACGUAAAGGAUGCUGGGAGCUCAAGUGCCCAACAACAGUUGACGAGACAAGUGAAGAGAAAUCUAAAGCAGCGGCACUGUGCACUCGCUACAAGGAGAUAACCAAUCUGCCUGAAAUUCAACUGAGGGUGGAAGAGGUCAUGAAAGACGUUUGUGUGGACAGAGAGACAAGCUCCUCACAGGAGGACGGGGAGGCUUGGCUGAGUAAAAUGAAUCUGGUAUGCUUUGCAGAUUAUACAACAGUGCGGCGGUCAUUCUCUUUAGAGGAAGAGGGGGUGCAGAUAGAUCUCGACGAAGCUGACUUCGGCUACCAUGUGGGAGAGAUAGAGGUCCUCAUUCCAGAGGGAGGAGAUAUGCAGUCUGCCUUGGAGAAGAUUCAAAGAACGGCUCAAAAGCUGGGUCUGACGGGAGAUCAGCGAGUUGAAGGAAAAAUGAAUGUUUACCUUAAAAGAAAUCACCCAGAGCACUAUGCGAAACUACUGAGUACACAUGUUCUGUAAGACAUAUUAUAUAUGCUCUAGAUAGAGUUUCAUAGUUUUCAGGGUGUACUGUACAGUCAUGUCUGUAAAGCAGAAGAGUAAUUAUUUAUUCUAAUUUGAAACAAUUUUCUAAAAUGUGGUUAAAAAAUGCAACUGUAUUCACUAAUUGUCAAGACAACAGCAAAAGGCCCUUGAAGUUUAUCCUGGCAGAGUGCUAAGCGUCUCCACUUGAACUUUGUAUCCUAUGCACCACGGCAACAGUUAUGGUUUUGUCUGAAGAGGAACUGUAAAUACUUGAAAUACAUUUUUUAAAAUCUCUGGAUUUUUAUUUUUUUUUCUUGUCAGAAACUACUGCUUGGUAUGCUGUCAUCAGCAGCUGAUUUCAAUAUGCAUAUAUAGCUCAUCUUGGUCUUAUAUAUUUUGUGAUUAGUAGUAGAUUCCAGAUUUAUGGGCUUGGUUAAUAUGUCAGCUUUGUGUUAUACUGUUUAAAAACAUGAAUGGCAUCUCCAAUGAAAUAUCUUGUAUGUCAGGCCUGUAAUUGAAUAAAGAACA